AUGAGCCAAGAGAUUGGUCUCAAUGUGGACCCCUCCGGGUGGGAUAUCACGCCCGAGGAUCGAGGUCGCCGCAUCCGCCUGUGGUGGAUGGUCUACAUGGUCGACAAGUGGUCUGCUUUGACCCUAGGCAGACCGUCGUAUAUCAACGAGGAAGAGUACAAUGUGCCUCUGCCGACUAUGGACAACUUUCCCAGGUACAACUAUGAGGACCUCGAGCCGCCAGAGGUCGGUAUUCGCCAGUUCAUCGGAAUGGCAGUCUUAACCACCAUCCUUUCCGACAUCCUAGCGACAUUUUACACCCUACGAGCGAAUACGAGGCUGCAAUCGUACUCCUCAGAUCUUCUCCAGCUACUCUCGGACCAGUUUGAGCAGCGUCUGGAAGCCUUCCACAAUACACAUCUAACGCCAAUCUAUGACGUUCAUAGUUUCCUCGACCCAACAGGCACAAUCUUUCUUGCGUUCCACACUGUCAAAAUUACCCUUUACCGGGCCAUGUUGAGACGCCUGGACCCAACCGACAUCCAAUAUCAGCCCUUUCGCAUCCGAGCGAGGCUCAUUCUCGGCGAAGUCACAAUGCUGCUUCAAACAUUGACAGUCCGCCGUUUGCGUGUCUUUUGGUGGAGUCAACUCUCCAACCACAAUUUCGCAAUAGCUGGUGGUUUCAUGAUGUCUCUUCUAGUCACAUCAACUAACGACACUGAAAUCGAAUACUGGACCAGCCAAAUCAAAUUGUAUUAUGAUCUCCUGCAAAGCCAAAGCGUCGGUUUUGAUACGACCAAGUUGGCCGCGGCAAGGAUGAGCUUGUUGAGCUCCGUAAGUCAGAGUGCUGGGGAUGAGAUCUUUUCCGGAAUAGACUCGAAACAAGCUUUUUGUGGUGACUUUCGCAUAGAGCUCUGCGAAUGA